AUGCCGCCACCGCGUGGAUGUAUUCGGUGCCGACGCGACGAGUGCGUGCUCACCGUGCGCGAGGCCUCGUACUGCGCGCCGUGCUAUGCACGCGUCUUUGACGAAAAGAUGCGCGCGAGCCUAGAUCACACCCGCGGCGCCAUCCUCCGGCAGAGUGUCGUGCGCUCCGCCGAGACGGCAUCGCCGGCGUAUGCGAUCGUGUGCGACGGCAGCGUCGCCAGUUAUGUGCUCGUGCACGCCAUGUACCGCCUGCUGUACGUACCUGACGCGCACCCCAGUCCCGCACGCGCGCCUGAGCGCGCGCGCUUGGAUGUGCUGUACAUCGACGACGGCGGCCACGCGGACGACGUGCGCGCUCACAUCGCCCGCCUCGCGCCCGAUGCCGUCUUUGUCGCGUGCCAGCUGAGCGACGUGUACCAGCGCGGACAGGGCGUCGUAUGCACGCGGCAGCCGCCGUGGACGAUGGGCGAGCUGACCGAGGCGCACGAGACCGCCGCGCACGAUCUGCUCGCGGCCAUGCGCCUCCGCCACGGCACGCCCAGUGCCGGCGCAACGCGCACCGAAGAUAUGCACCGCCUCCUGAGCCGCCGCGUGCUCCACGACACCGCAUGCGCGCGUCAGUGCGCGGCUCUCCUGUUUCCGCAGGACGCGACGCAGACGGCCGCCUACGUGCUCGAUGCGCUCGCCAAGGGCGCCGGCCACAAGCUGCCCGUCGAAGGCGCCGCAUCGCUGUGGGUGCAGGAUGUGCUUCACCUGCAUCCGCUGCGUGCCUUCCUCCCGCACGAGUGCGCAUACUACGCUCGUGUGCACGGCCUGGCCGCACCGGCUGAGGCACCGGCCGCCGCGGACAUGUCGUACGAGUCGAUCAGCGACAAGUCGAGUAUGGGGCACCUGGCGCAGUCGCUGAUCACGGCGCUGCAGCAUGGCGUGUCCAGCACGUCCAGCACGGUGAUCGGCACGGCCAGCAAGCUCGUGCUCCAGGAUACCCCGAAGCUGUGGCCCACCGUGCCCGCCGAUAUGUGCCCCGGCAUCGGUGCGAAGGGCGCGGCGCUCGUUCGCUCCGUCCAAGCGCUGCCGCGCUGGGACUGGGACGAGUGCCGCGCGUGCCCGCUGUGCCGCUGGCCCGCGCAGGAAGGCGCCGCGCAGUGGACGUCGCAGCGGUCGAUUCGGCAUGCGGCCUUCGCCGCGCACGACCUCGAUGCGCACCUGUGCUAUGCGUGCCUGCAGGUGCUCGAUAUACCCACGGGCACACGCGUCCUGCUGCCGCCCGACGUCCAUGACCUCGUGCGCCGCCCCGAGCGCCCGGCCGCCUCCGUGCGCGUCGUGGCGCCUGCCGUGCAGGACGACAGUAUGCGCGAUGCCCUCGCGCAGCCGCAUGCGCCCCGCACGUCGCAUGCACCCACCCGCGUCGCCCCGGACGCCAUGCGGGAUCAGGUAGCGUCGUAUCUGCUGUAG